AUGGAAGCUCUUCCACUCUCAGGCUCUGCGUCGCCGUCGUCUUCAAUGUUUUCUUUGUCAUUGAACGCGACGCCCGAGGAAUUGAACACUCCCGGAACUGAAAGAUCAGUCUUGUUCGACGACGAUAUCGCAGCCGAUCCUCUCGAUAUCAACAGUUCGGCAUCUCGGUUCAUUAUGGUUGUUGGUGGCCUUGGUUACAUCGGUUCGCACACCACGCUGGAGCUGCUCAAGGAAGGAUACAAUGUUGUCGUUGUUGACGACUUGAGCAACUCUUACGAGGAUGUCUUGGGCCGCAUUCGAGCUCUUGCUAUGGCUCACUGCAAGGCAGAGGGAAAACAGAUGCCGACUCUUCAUUUUCGACAGCUUGACUACCGCAGCCCCACCAUGCGGACCGUCUUGGCGAGCUACGCAACCUACGCAGUGAACGACAAACCACAGCCAUUCGCAAGGCGCAAUCCAUAUGCGACACUGCAACGCACAGACUCGGGGAUUGACAUGGGUGCUGAUGAGCCGCAAACGCCUGCCUUGGAGCGGACAUCAAGAAUAAGUGGUGUAAUCCAUUUCGCGGCGUACAAAUCUGUCGAAGAGAGUAUACGCAUGCCGUUACGGUACUACAGCAACAAUGUCUGCGGUCUUGUAGACUUUUUGGCUCUAUUAGAGCAGUUCGGGAUAAAAAACCUCGUGUUUUCCUCGUCAGCGACGGUGUACGGCGAAGGUGCCAACUGCGGGGUGCCCCUACGAGAGGAACUUUGUGUGCAUCAUCCAGAGUCUUUUGUCGAUAGCGAUGGGUCGGAGCGACAGGUCAUACCUGGUGUUAUGGGUCUCACGUCACCCUACGGACGCUCCAAGUUCAUGUGCGAGUCCAUCCUCGCCGAUGUUGCGAGAUCUGACCCGUCCUGGUCCAUAACGGCGUUGCGAUAUUUCAACCCGGUUGGCUGCCACGAGUCUGGAAUUUUGGGUGAAGACCCUCGCCAGAAACCAAGUAAUCUGAUCCCUGUAAUCGCCACUGUUCUUACAGGAACCAGACCAGUGCUAGACAUCUUUGGCACUGAUUGGAACACCCCAGAUGGUACAGCUGUGCGAGAUUUCAUCCACGUGGUCGACCUUGCCAGGGGACAUAUUGCUGCACUGGCAGCAUCGGCAGCUGGACGCAUCAAGACGGCUUUCCGAACAUACAAUCUCGGCACAGGAAGAGGCCACACAGUCCGCGAAGUGCUUUCCAGCCUGGAGCAGGCUUCACGUAGAACCAUCCCAGCACGAGAAGUUGGCCGAAGAGCUGGCGACGUAGGCUUCUGCGUUGCUGAAGUUCGACGGGCAGAAGAAGAGCUCCAGUGGCGGGCAACGAGGACGCUCGACGACUGCUCUGGUGAUGUCUGGAACUUCACCAAGGCGCGAUGUGCAGAUGGGACCCCUUCCGAUGAGAUGAGUUGCUAACGCGAGGGUGAUACUUCGUGGUGUCGGCGACCCCGUUUCCUAUCUCUUGGUACAGACGAGUGUUGGCCAUCGUCCUCUUGUCCAUUUCGCAUUGACAGCAAAGCGUCUUCUCUUUUCCUUAAAUCAAAGAUUCCACGA